GCACUUGACGAGUAGUUUAGAAAUUAUUCUGAAUGAAGUGUAAAGUAUAUAUUAUUUGAAGUAAUUAUUUAGUCGCUCUAAUUUAUGAAUUAACUUUAAGUGAUAUGUACGACGCGUAAAAGAGAGAUUUAUUUCGCUAUGUGAUUUUUACGAAUAGUUUCCACGAUUUCUAAGAAAUAUAAUGGAAUUUCUUGGAAUUUCCAAGAAUUAGGGUCACCAUAGCAUGGAGUAAUUUCUGCAUAAGAGCUAAGCACGUUAAUCCGAGACAAUGACAUCGGAGGCUUGGGAACUCGAAAGAAGAUACUCAGUCCCUGGAGUACUUGAUACACGAGGACUUGAACCACCAGCAAGUGAAGAUCUUCAUGCCUGGUCAAUCUACAGACAAAAUUUAAACUCUGACUUUACGGAUUCGGCUCUUGGUUCAGCCGAAAAAUCACCUCUGCCUUACGGUAAUUUUCAACUUCGUGAUUCGACGGUGCAAAGUAUUCUCAGACAUCCACGGUAUGGACCCAAAAGCCCAUUGGCAAACAAUUCAUACACUUAUUUAAAAUUUGGACUGCCACGCGUACUUCCCCCUUCGCGAGCUAAAGAUGGCUCCAGUGGAUAUGACUCCAGUGAAGAAGGUAGAAAAGUAUCUCACAGUGGACUGCCACCACAAUCAAGCUCUGCCAUGAGAUCUGCUCGAAGUGAUCCUGAUUUCCGACAGGUUCAUGUGGCGCCUCGGGAACAAGCUCACUCUCAAUUGAUAGUAAAAGAUCAUCCAAGACUGAGAAGUGUAAGUGAAGCUAAUCUUUUACAAACUGGACGACCAAAUAGACGUCACAGUAUAGCGCCAAUUGAUCCAGGAUAUGGACAAGCAGUGUUGGGAGGCCCAGUACCAAGUCAUUCAGGACUUGAAAGCUACUUAGGUGCAGGAUUAAGAAGAAUCCCAUCACUCCAGCAUCCUCAUCUACAAUUACGUGAACUAGAAUUAUCUAUAUCUGAUAAUUUGCCGUUACUUCGCGGUAUAACACUUGAGGCUGGUGCUACAGAUGUACUUGCAGUUAUGGCAACAACUGAAAAAGAGGGUACAGCUAUUAUUGAAGCGAUUUCAGGUAAACGCAAGAUAAAACGUGGAGAUAUUUUAUUGAAUGGGCGACCAGUGACCUCGCGUGCUCUCAGAUCAAGAGUCGCUUAUUUACCAGCAGAAUGCUGUUUAAGUCCUGGUUUGACGGCACAACAGGUUCUCAGCUUUUAUAUGUGUCUUAAAGGCGGUUCUAGGACAUCUGAUAUGGAAAUCGAAGCAGUAUUACAAGAGUUGGGACUAGAAGCUACUAAACACUGUUUAGUUAAUUCAUUAACGACCUCCGAAGCAAGAAGACUAUCGUUGGCUUGUCGAUUGCUUCAAGAUGCACAUAUACUGACCCUUGAUAGACCCACACAUGGCCUUGAUAUUUUUGAUGCUUUUUUUCUGGUCGAGUACUUGAGACACUGGGCAACUAGAGGACAAAGGCUUGUUGUUUUGACAUUACAUCCGCCGACUUAUGAAAUACUCACAAUGGUUUCCCGAGUUGCUCUUACCUCCGGCGGUAGAAUAAUGUACUCUGGUCCGAGAAGAGAUAUGUUGCCUUACUUUGCGCUGGCCGAGUUUCCUUGUCCACCUUUCAAAAAUCCAUCAGAUUACUAUCUUGACUUAGUAACGCUAGAUGAUUUAUCAGCGGAAGCAAUGCUGGAAUCAUCGCAAAGAAUAGAUCACCUUGCAGAGCUAGCAAGGUCAAGAUUACCAAUCCUGAGUGAUCCAAGUCCGCCUGGGGCACUACCACCUGUUAUAUACGAUGCCAAUGUAUUUGUUCAAAUAUAUGCUUUGCUUUUAAAAACUCUCAUAUACAGCCAACCAUGGACAAUGACGAGACUUAUUCAAAAAAUAGUUGUAGCUGCAUCAUUGAGUAUUAUCCUCGGUGCGAUAUUUUGGAAUGUCGCUGCAGAUAGUAAUUUGCAUUUAAGAGAUAGAAUAGGAUUAUAUUACUCCAGUUUUGGAAUUUUUUUCUGGCCUCUUGGUUUAAUAGGAAUUUGUGAAGUUGUCAAUGCACGACCCAACGUUGAAAGUGAUAUAAAACAUGGUCUCUACGGACGUUUUAUCUACAUUAUAAUAGAGCUUAUUUGUAGUGUUCCUUCGUGGUGCCUUGUUUACGUAACAUAUCUAAUUCCUGCUUUUGCAAUGGCUGGACUUCAUGAAACGCUCAAUGAUAGUUUUACAUCCCUUUGGAAUUAUCUUGCUUAUGGAUUACUGUAUAUUAUGUUACAACAUUUAAUAUGCACAUUUUUUGCUCAUAUCUGCAAAUGGAGUGGAGUUGCAGCAUUAAUAUCUGGCGUAAUAAUUGGUGAAAUAACCUUAGGCGGUGGUGUAACAUUACACUUGGAAAAUUUACCACUUUGGUAUCAAAAACUUAGUCCUAUGGAGUGGGUACUAUCUGUUUUAUUACCAGAGAUUCAUAGUUCAGAAAUACUUAAUAAGUUAGCGAAUUGUAAAGCUAAACAAGUUCAACGACAAGACAUUAUUGUACAAGCACCUUGCGAACCACCUGACGGAGCGGCUGCUUUAAGAGAAAUAGCUCUUAAUACUGUUAACAAUUUAACUAGUAUUGAAUUAGGUAUUGGAGUUGGUAUCAUAGGAUUAUUAAUCAUCAUUGGAUUUAUGUUGAUACGCUACACGACGAUAAAAAGACCUCGAAGCGCUCCUAAUAAGCCGUAGAUAAUAUAUAUUUUUGUUUUUAGCCUGUUUGUAAUGUUAAAUAGGUUUUUUGUAUAUUAGUAUUUUUAUAGUAAGAAAUAAUUAUGUGCCACAUUAGCUAUAUAUAUUAUAUAAAGUUCAUCUUAUACAAUAGUGGUGCAAUAAAUGAAUAAUCAACUUUUAUCAAUGUCUAUUUAAAUGCGAUAUUUAUAAACAAUAACUAUUGUUUACAAAUUUGCAAUAUAGGCGUAUAAAAAUGAUUUAAAAUUGUAAUGGAAUAUUAUUAAAUAUCAUUAAAAUUUUUUUACUAUAGCUUUAAAUAAAUAGUAUUUUUAAACUAAGCUUUUAACGAAUUAAAGAGAAAUUUUUUAUUUAAAAAAAUCAUCGCAUUAAUUUUAAGUCUGAAUUAAAUUACUAUUAAAAAGUUUAUAGUUUGAAUUAUUUAAUUAAACGACAUAAUGGGAUUGUUUUCCGAAAUUUGCAAAUAAAAAUAAAGUCAGUUGUAUAA